AUGAAUAAUAAUUUAAGACAAAAAAAUGGUUCCAGUAUAUCAAUAUCAGUGUUACCGUUGAAUAAUGAUGAUAUUCAGAGACCGAAUGUUCAGUUAAUGUGUUUUGAUUUGACUCAUAGUUCUAGAAGUGUACAAUUUAUUCUUUUAACUGCUGCCACAUUUUUUUUCUACUUAAUUUAUGGUUAUAUGCAGGAAUUAAUAUUUCGCCUUGAUGGUUUCCGUCCAUUUGGAAUGUAUUUAACAUUAGUACAAUUUUUAUAUUAUGUUUUAUUUGGGCUUGUUGAAUUACAAUUGAAAGAGGACAAAACAAGAAAAAUACCAAUAAAAACGUAUCUUUUUCUAGCUUUUUUGACUGUUAGCACCAUGGGACUUUCUAAUACAUCUGUUGGAUAUUUAAACUAUGCCACUCAAGUUAUAUUUAAAUGUUGUAAAUUGAUACCUGUUUUAAUCGGUGGAAUACUUAUACAAGGAAAGAAAUACAACAUUAUAGAUUUUUCAGCAUGUAUUUGUAUGAGUUUGGGAUUGAUAUUAUUUACAUUAGCUGAUAGUACAGUUUAUCCUGAAUUCAACCUAUUUGGUAUAGUUUUAAUAUCAUUAGCAGUAUGUGCUGAUGGAGUUAUAGGAAAUGUACAAGAGAAGAAUAUAAAACAACAUGGGGCUAGCAACUGUGAAGUAGUUUUAUAUUCUUAUGGUAUUGGAUUUUUCUAUAUAUUAGGAGUUCUGCUGGUCUCUGGCCAACUUCUUCCAGCAUUUCAGUUCUGUCAGCAGUAUCCAAUAGAGACAUAUGGUUAUGCUGUUAUAUUUUCUAUCACUGGCUAUUUAGGAGUUAAUAUUGUUCUGACUUUAGUGAAAAGUUUUGGUGCACUAACAGCUGUAACAGUAACAACAUGUCGUAAAGCUAUCACUAUCAUCUUAUCUUUUAUUUUCUUUGCCAAACCAUUUACUAUCAAUUAUAUAUGGUCAGGCUGUAUUGUCUUAUUGGGUAUUUAUUUAAAUCUGUACAGUAAAAAUCAACAGGUGUGGAAUCAGUACUUCUCUCAGUUAUUACGAACAAUAGGAAACAAAGGUAUCCGACCUAAAUAUGUAGGUGUUGAAAAUAUAGUAUAA